AUGUCCUUCCGAGGCGGUGGUCGUGGUGGUGGUCGUGGAGGAGCUGGUGGCUUUCGAGGUGGACGUGGAGGUUUCCAGCAGAGGGACAUGGGCCCGCCUGCGUCGGUUCUAGAAAUGGGCAAAUUCAUCCACGCCUGCGAAGGCGAAAUGGUCUGCGAAUCCAUCAACCCCAAAGUCCCCCACUUCAACGCCCAAAUCUUCCUCGAGAACAAGACGGCCGUCGGUAAAGUCGACGAGGUCCUCGGCCCCAUCAACCAGGUCUUCUUCACCAUCAAGCCCUCCGAGGGCAUCCAGGCCGCCUCCUUCAAGGAGGGCGACAAGUUCUACAUUGCCCCCGAGAAGCUGCUGCCCCUCGAGAAGUUCCUGCCCAAGCCCAAGCCCCCUCCCGGCGCGCCCAAGCCCAAGCGCGCUGGCGGUGCGUCCCGUGGUGGUCCUCGCGGCGGCGGUCGCGGCGGCUUCUCUCGUGGUGGACGCGGCGGUGCUGGUGGUGGUUUCGGCGGCCGUGGCGGCCGUGGUGGAAGCGGUGGUUUCUCUCGCGGCGGCGGUCGUGGAGGUCCUCGUGGUGGAAGCGGUGGCUUUUCCAGGGGCGGUGCCGGCGGCAGAGGACGUGGCGGCUUCAGCAGGGGUGGCAGCUGGUAA